AUGCAUCAACCUCCGGGAUUUGUUGACCCUGCUCGACCUGAUUAUGUUUGUCGUCUUCGCCGAUCUCUUUAUGGUCUCAAACAGGCGCCUCGGGCGUGGUUCCAGAGGUUUGCGACUUUCAUCACAGGUUGUGGUUUUCAGGGUAGUGUUUGUGAUCCUUCUCUAUUUAUCUACCGGUCCGGCCGGGAAACUGCAUACUUAUUACUAUAUGUUGAUGACAUCAUACUCACUGCCUCUACUGAUGCUCUCCUAGCCCGGUUUAUCGACCUGAUGAAACUGGAAUUUUCUAUGACUGAUCUUGGCCCGUUACAUCAUUUUUUGGGUAUUACUGCUUCUCGUUCUUCCUCAGGGUUGUUUUUAUCUCAGUCACUCUACACAAAGGACAUCAUUGCUCGUGCAUCCAUGACGAACUGCAAACCAGCAGCAACUCCGGUUGACACGAACUCUAAGCUCAGUGCUACUUCUGGACCAGCACUUUCGGAUCCUACUUUAUAUCGUAGUCUGGCCGGAGCGUUACAAUAUCUCACUUUCACUCGACCGGAUAUCUCUUAUGCGGUUCAGCAGGUAUGUUUAUUUAUGCAUGACCCUCGGGAGCUACACAUGCAAGCCAUUAAGCGCAUUAUUCGAUACCUUCAGGGCACUAUUGAUCAUGGUUUGUCUCUCUCGGUUUCGAACAUCUCUGGCCUUACCGCCUAUUCUGAUGCUGAUUGGGCGGGUUGUCCUGACUCACGCCGAUCAACAUCCGGUUACUGCAUUUUUCUUGGAGACAAUCUUGUCUCUUGGUCUUCCAAACGUCAAGCAACGGUGUCUCGCUCAAGUGCUGAAGCAGAAUACAGGGGUGUCGCUAAUGCUGUGGCUGAAACAACCUGGCUCCGGAAUUUACUUCUUGAGUUGCAUAUGCCGUUACAACGGGCCACUCUAGUGUAUUGUGACAAUGUGAGUGCUGUCUACAUGUCUGGUGAUCCGGUCCAACAUCAACGUACAAAACAUGUGGAGAUUGACAUCCAUUUUGUUCGUGAACGGGUUCGUAUUGGUGAUAUUCGUGUCUUACACAUUCCUUCCGAACAUCAAUACGCUGAUAUCUUCACCAAGGGUCUUCCAAGACAAUUGUUUAUUAAUUUUCGUUCUAGUCUUAGCUUUGAUGUGGAAUGA